UUUAUUUCUUAUCCUAUUAAAUUCUCUAGACAGACUUGGAAGUAACUCUGCCCCUGGAGAAAAAGAGAGAGAGAGAAAGACAGAUGCUCUGUAGAAGAAGCACAUGAAUUGUUCUGGUUUUAUGAUAGCUUUCUCUUAACAUCUGAAGAAUAAGAUAAAUAAAAAGGUGGUGUUUCUGAGUUUAUAAGGAUUAUAUUUUCUGAAACAAGGAGCAAGAAGAAGAAAUUAAGAUGGAGUUAUCUGAUUGCUCUAAUGAAUUUGAGAAACUCGUUGUUCGGAUGAACAUGCCCAGGGUCGUAAUUGACAAUGGAGUUUGCCCUAAUUCAACUGUCGUCAAGAUUGAUAGUGCAAGAAGCCCAGGGAUAUUGCUAGAAUCUGUACAGCUUCUCACAGAUAUGAAUCUCUGGAUUACAAAAGCUUACAUCUCUUCUGAUGGGAAAUGGAAUAUGGAUGUUUUUCAUGUGAGCGAUCUUAACGGAAACAAAUUAACCGACGAGAACCUAAUCCGUUACAUUGAAAAGUCGAUCGAGACGUCUUAUUACUGUAAAACCGAAGGGUAUACCGGUUUAACCGCUCUGGAGUUAACCGGAACAGACAGAGUUGGUUUACUCUCUGAGGUUUUCGCUGUUCUUGCUGAUCUUGAAUGUGAUGUUGUUGAAGCCAAGGCAUGGACGCAUAACGGGAGAAUUGCGUCGAUGAUAUAUGUUAGAGAUGGCAACUCCGGGACUCCGAUCGAUGGAGACUCCGACCGAGUCCAACGAGUAGAAGGGCAGUUACGUAACUUGCUAAAAGCAGACGAUGGUUACCAAAACAACACGAGGACAUGUGUUACGUAUGGUGGCAAUACUCAUAUGGAGAGAAGGUUGCACCAGAGGAUGUUUAUGGACCGUGACUACGAGAAGAAGUUUGAUACCGAGAAAUCUCCGAUCGUUUCGGUACAGAAUCUUCAGAAACGUGGUUACUCUGUUGUGAACUUGCAGUGCAAAGAUAGAAUGAAGCUUUUGUUCGACGUUGUUUGCACGUUGACUGAUAUGGCUUACAUUGUGUUCCACGCCGCGAUUCGAACGGUUGGAGAAACGGCGUUUUUGGAGUUUUAUGUAAGGCAUAGUGAUGGACAUCCGGUUAGUUCUGAACCGGAGAGACAACGUUUGAUCCAAUGUUUACAAGCCGCUAUUGAAAGAAGGACGGUUAAGGGUGUGAGAUUGGAGUUAUGCACCGCGGAUAGACCGGGGUUGUUAGCAGAAGUAACACGAGUAUUGAGGGAGAACGGAUUAAACAUUGCUAGAGCCGAGAUAUCUACUAAAGAUGGUAUAGCGAGGAAUGUGUUCUAUGUGACAGAUGCAAAUGGUAACCUAAUAGAUCCCGAGAUAAUCAGAUCAAUUAGGGAGAAGAUUGGAAUCAAUGAUCUAAGCGUUAAAGAACCGUUCCCGACUAAUUGCCGAGAAGAGGUUGAGAAGGAACAACAACAUCGAGAACUGCAAGAUCACAACGGACGCAAUGGAGGAGGGACAGUGUUGGUGUCACUUGGGAGUCUAGUGAUGAAAAAUCUAUACCAAUUGGGUUUGAUCAAAUCAUAUUUUUAAACCGAUGUAACUAACCAAUCCAUAUAGACCAAUUCAAUCGUGUUUGUUAAUAACCCACGCAGUUGAAUUGGUGUAUAUGGAGCAGAUUAGUGAACCGGUUGGUUAUGUUGUAAUGUGAUGAUAUCUUGAAAAGGUAUUGUUGUACAUAAAAGUGGGAAGUUAGUUAAGAAUUUGGUGGUCGGUCUUCAUGUUGGACCAAUAGGUAGUACAAGGGAUGUUAGGUAGAAUCUUGGUAACAUUUAUAUUUUAAUCUGUACAUAUUUAUGAUAUAACCUAUGGUUGUUAGAAGAUUAGUUUUGUGAAUAGGGAAAUCAGUGUGUUUAUGUAAAAUUACAUAAUUAAAUUAUUGGGUUAGUUUUA